AGGGCGCGCGGGCGGCGGGGCUCCUGUGUUUCCGCCCCCAGACGUCUGCUCGCUGCUCUGUCUGUGUCGCGUGCGGGUGUCUUCUCUGCCAGGUCUUGUCGCUGUCGCCGCCUUCGCCGUCUGCACCAUGGCUUUCGUAACCAGGCAGUUCGUGCGCUCCAUGUCCUCCUCGUCCACCGCCGCGGCCUCAGCGAAGAAAAUCCUCGUCAAGCACGUGACGGUCAUCGGCGGCGGGCUGAUGGGCGCCGGCAUCGCCCAGGUUGCUGCAGCAACUGGCCACACAGUAGUGUUGGUGGACCAAACAGAGGACAUCCUGGCAAAAUCUAGAAAGGGAAUUGAGGAAAGCCUUCGGAAAGUGGCCAAGAAGAAGUUUGCAGAAAACCCCAAGGCUGGCGAUGAGUUCAUGGAGAAGACCCUGAGCAGCAUACUGACCAGCGUGGACGCAGCGUCCGUGGUCCACAGCACAGACCUGGUGGUGGAGGCCAUCGUAGAGAAUCUGAAGGUGAAGAGCGAGCUCUUCAAGAGGCUGGACAAGUUUGCUGCCGAACACACAAUCUUUGCCAGCAACACUUCCUCUUUGCAGAUCACAAGCAUAGCCAAUGCCACCACCAGACAGGACCGAUUUGCUGGGCUCCAUUUCUUCAACCCAGUGCCCCUGAUGAAACUUGUGGAGGUCAUUAAAACACCAAUGACCAGCCAGAAGACCUUUGAAUCUCUGGUAGACUUCAGCAAAACCCUGGGAAAGCAUCCUGUUGCUUGCAAGGAUACUCCCGGGUUUAUUGUGAACCGUCUCCUGGUGCCAUACCUCAUGGAAGCAGUCAGGCUGUAUGAACGAGGUGACGCAUCCAAGGAAGACAUCGAUACUGCUAUGAAGCUGGGCGCUGGGUACCCCAUGGGCCCAUUCGAGCUUCUCGAUUAUGUUGGGCUGGAUACUACGAAGUUCAUCAUGGAUGGAUGGCAUGAAAUGGAUACAAAGAACCCCUUGUUCCAGUCCAGCCCAUCCAUGAAUAAGCUGGUAGCAGAGAAUAAGCUUGGCAAGAAGACUGGAGAAGGAUAUUACAAAUACAAGUGAUGCGCAGCUUCUCUGGCUCUGGGAAGAAGCCCUAGUGUCCUGAACCUGAACUCAUUCACUUGUAACGAGAGCACCCUGUGUCGGUCGUUGCCACGCGGGAGAGCCGCGAGCCGUUGACUCGUCGUGGUGUGUCUGUGGAGGGCUGCGUGAGCAGCCCCUGCAUCUCGCCUUUACCAGAACGUUUGCCGCCUGCAGCCUCAAGCCUUACCCUACUUUGGGCAUGACGUCAGGUGUCAUGUCUUGUUGAUUCAGCUCAUCAUCGAGAUGCUGCUUCUGGAUUGGUGGGAAUACCUCCAUGUGUUUUGUUUUUGCAGGAAGAGGUUUCAUUCACCUCUGAGAUCUGAGUGAUUAUUGUCUUUUUUUUUUUUUUCAUGAGAAAUAAUUGCUGCAGAUUGACUCUAAUGAAAUGCAGUCUUUUAUUCUGUGAAAAUUUGAAUUGAAAUAAA